AUGGCGUUUCCAAAGGCGACGGUAAACAAUGCCAGCAUUUUGGUAUCUAAAACUGGAUAAAACAUUAAGAAAACGGCGAUCACUUUGCUAAAUACAAUCUCCGUUCAAAAUGUUUAUCUAUCUUAGCAAAAAGAUCGCCAUACCCAAUAAUACGAAGCUACAAUGCUUAUCAUGGAACACAGGACAAGGGUAUGUUGCAUGCGGUGGGGAAGAUGGCCUCCUGAAGUUGUUAAAACUCGAAAUACAACAAGAUAAGAACAGCAAAGUGAAAGGUUUAGCUGCACCAAGUAAUCUUUCAAUGAACCAAACAUUGGAAGGACAUUCAGGAACUGUUCAAGUUGUCACAUGGAAUAAUUACCAUCAGAAACUAACAAGCAGUGAUCAAUAUGGCCUAAUUAUUGUCUGGAUCCUAUAUAAAGGAGCAUGGUAUGAAGAGAUGAUAAACAAUCGCAACAAAAGUGUUGUAAAAGACAUGAAAUGGAAUGCAGAUGGCCAAAAAAUAUGUAUUGUCUAUGAAGAUGGUGCUGUCAUUGUUGGAUCAGUUGAUGGUAAUCGAAUUUGGGGCAAAGAAAUUAAAUUGCAACUUUCCAGUGUCGAGUGGUCCUCAGAUGGUAAAAACAUCUUGUUUGGAACAACAAGUGGUGAGGUCCAUGUUUAUGACUCUCAAGGCAACUAUUGUACAAAAAUUACCAUUCAUUGCCUAACUAAUGUUACUGGAGCGGCAAGAAUCGUUGGUGUUGUUUGGUAUCACGGCAAGGAAGGUUAUGUGGAACAGAAUUGUCCCGUGCUUGCGAUAUGUUUUGACAAUGGACGAAUGCAGAUCAUGAGAGAUGAAAUGGACGAGACCCCGGUGUUACUCGACAUGGGCAUGACGGUGCAUAGGAUAGAGUGGAACACUACGGGAUCAAUAUUGGCAGUGGCUGGAUCGCAAAGACUCUCGCAACAGGACAGGGAUGUGAACGUGGUUCAGUUUUAUAAUCCAUUUGGCGAGCAUUUGCGUACACUCAAAGUGCCUGGCAAGGAGCUGACCGCGUGUUCUUGGGAAGGCGGGGGUCUGAGGAUAGCGCUUGCUGUCGAUUCCUUUAUUUAUUUCGCGAUCAUCCGACCCGAUUACAAGUGGGGCUAUUUAGCUAAUAGCGUCGUCUAUGCGUUUACUAAACCAGAUCGCGUUGAACAUUGUGUCAUGUUUUGGGACACAAAGAAUCAAGAGAACUACCUGAAAUAUGUUCGAAAUCUGAUCUCGAUCACAGCAUGUGGCGAUCACUGCAUACUAGCAACGAAGAGUGUUGAGACCAAUAAUCAGUAUGUUCUUGUCCUGUGCAAUGCAAUUGGCACUCCAUUGGAUUCAAAAUAUAUUGAUAUCGAACCUCUUUUCGUAACAAUGAGCAAGACCUUUGUGUUCGCUGCAUCUCAACAAGCGUUUAUCUCGUGGCAAUACAGGAGCCCCAAGAAGUUGACCGCUCUUGAACUCACGAGCAGCACGUUCCGUAAGGAAAAUGCCACACGAGAAAAGAUGUUUCAUAUUGACGAUGUUCCGUCAGGUGCUGGCCAAGGGAUCAAGGAUUUAAAGAAAGCUUUCCAGCCAACAAGAGACCCUAUUUGCUGCAUGUGUGCUACCGACAGGACAUUACUCAUCGCCCGCGAAUCUGGAACAUUGCAUCGUUAUUCUCUGCCCAAACACGCGCUGGAAAUGAAAUAUGUCCUCAAUUGUCGACCUCACAAGAUCUCUCUCAAUUCCAGCUCAAGUCGAGUGGCCAUCAUUGAUAUAUCUGGCGUAUUGACAUUCUUUGAUUUGGAUGCGAAGAAGACGGAUGAGACUGGUAACCAACAACCUGGGGAACUUCUCAAAUUUGAGCGCAAGGACGUCUGGGAUAUGAAAUGGGCUUCGGAUAAUUCAGAGCUUUUCUCAAUGAUGGAGAAAACACGGAUGUACGUGUUCAGAAAUCUCGAUCCAGAGGAGCCAAUAUUAAGCUCUGGUUAUAUCUGUCAGUUCAGUGAUUUGGAAAUAAAGUCUGUUCUGCUGGACGAGAUCAUGAAGGAUCCUGAAAAUCCAACAAAAGAUUCUAUCAUCGAGUUGGAAGUCAAGUCAUUGCGAGACGCUCGUGAUCUUUUGGAGAAAGUCAGCAUUCAAGAUGCUCACCAGUUCAUUGAAGAUAACUCUCAUCCGCGAUUAUGGCGGCUCCUCGCUGAAGCAGCUCUCGAACGACUCUCGCUUGAUAUGGCUGAUAAGGCGUUUGUCAGAUGCCAAGAUUAUCACGGAAUAAAGUUCGUCAAGAGAUUGGCAAAACUUGAUAACGACCUCAAAAGGCAGGCAGAGGUGUGCGCUUAUUUCCAGCGAUUUGAUGAAGCGGAAAAAAUGUAUCUUGAUAUGGAUCGAAGAGACUUGGCCGUCGAUCUUCGCAUGAGGCUUGGAGAUUGUUUUAGAGUGGUGCAGUUGUUGAAGAGUGGAGAUGGUGCGGGUGAAGACGCGUUGCUUGAACAUGCCUGGAACGCCAUCGGAGAUUACUGCGCUGAUCGUCAGCGAUGGCAGCAGGCUGUCACUUAUUAUCAACAAGGACAAAAUCAGGAAAAACUCGUCGAAUGCUACUACAUGUUGGAGGAUUAUGAAGGCUUGGAAAACAUUGUAAACACGUUGCCCGAAAACCAUCGCCUCUUAGCGGAAAUCGGCGCUCUCUUUCAAAAUAUUGGAUUGAGUGAAAAAGCCGUUGCCGCAUUUAUCAAGUGCAAUCUCAUAAAAGAGGCAAUCGAUUGUUGCGUUCAGUUGAAUCAGUGGGACCAGGCCAUUCAGCUCGCGAAGCAACACAAUAUCAAGGAAGUUGACAGUUUACUGGCAAAAUAUGCUUCGCAUUUGAUGGAGAAAAAUAGAACACUGGAAGCGAUUGAGCUUUACCGCAAGGCAAGUCAUUAUGUUGCAGCAGCAAAACUUUUGUUCAAGACAGCUAAAGAGACAGCAGAGCCUAUCAAUAAUCCUUUGCGAGCUAAGAAGUUGUAUGUCCUUGCAGCGUUACUGAUCGAAAAGUAUCACGAACAUGUCAAACAAACUAGUCUUAAGAGUGGAAAAAGUACGAAAGAGGCAACAACUGCUCUGGCAGGUUUGCUGGAAGACGACAUUGCAUCAAGCGAAGACAGUCAAAUCGUUGACAACGCGUGGCGAGGAGCCGAGGCGUAUCACUUCUUGAUCUUGGCCCAAAGACAGUUGUACAGUGGAUAUGUCGAUGCUGCUUUGAAAACGGCACUACAUCUUCGCGAUUAUGAAGACAUUCUUGAUCCUAUUGUGGUUUAUUCGUUGCUGGCUUUAAUAGCCUCGAACAACAGAUGUUUCGGAACUUGUUCAAAGGCCUUUAUCAAACUGGAAACGCUCGAAUCUAUUCCACGGGAGAAACGAGACGCAUAUGAAGAACUAGCUCUUCAAAUAUUCACCAAGAAUUCGCCAAAAGAUGGUCGAACUAACACGGUUGAAUGCACAAGUUGCGAGGCUCCUAUACCUGAUUCAUCCAAACGCUGCCCUCGUUGUGAAACACAAUUCCCAACAUGCAUUGUGACCGGGCGACCUCUGAUGGACUAUCAAUUCUGGAUGUGUUCAACGUGUAAACAUCGAGCUUAUGAACAAGAGAUACGCACCCUUGCAACAUGUCCACUCUGCCAUACCAUCAUCUAACAAGACUGAAUUUACGUCGCACCAUAUGUACAUUCGUAAAAAGACUCUUUCCCAUCAUGAUAUGCUGUUUGUAAAUAACUAUCUAAACCUUG